UUUACACAUGUAUUAGUGUCUUUCUGAGUGCAUCACAGCAAAGAAAAUGAUUGUCUUUCUCUUCUUCAUCUCAUCAAAUAUGCUUGUAAUAUCCUGCAGCGAAUCAUCAAACAUGGUGGUUGGACAAGUUGGGGAUACAGUUAAACUUCCAUGUAAAUAUGACGUUAACACUAAUGGCCUAGUGAAUGUUUGCUGGGGGAGACAACAGUCAUUGUUCAGCUGUGAGAACACUGUUAUCUCCUCCGAUGGCUCGCAAGUGACCUUCAGAGAGUCAAACAGAUUCGGCUUGGCCAGUGGACUGGAGCAAGGGGAUGUUUCACUUACCAUAAAGGCUGCUCAAAAGAGCGAUGUUGGGAUGUAUGUCUGCCGUAUCGAGAUUCCUGGACCUUUCAAUGACAUCAGUCACAACGUCUAUCUGUUUAUCAGAAAUGGACUGGAUCCCAAAAGAGUCAUCUCAGAAACGCAACUGGUCCCUACAACAGCAAAUCAGGAAAAACAAGAUGCUACCGACGUCUACAUGUACGAAGCAGUUGCAGUCGUCCAUACUGAGGAUAAAAUGGAAACAUUUAUCGUAAAUACUGUAAGAGUGGGGGCCGUUGUCUUCAUCCCGGGUUUGAUCAUCGCACUUCUGUUCAGACUGCGGCGCCCAGAGAACACACCAGCUGAAGGAGAAUGUAAAAAUCUGCCAGGCUUCCCAGACCAACAACCACACACAGAUAUGCGGUGAUAGUCAGUCCUGAGGUCCCUAUGACUAUAUAAACCACAUGCAUGGUUAUAUGGAUUGUGUGUGUGUGUGUGUGUGUGUGUGUGUGUGUGUGUGGUAUGUGUUAUUAAACUAAAUCUGAGAUAAUUUAUUUGCAUUAUGUUGUUGUCGUUUACUUUUCAAUGUAAUAUGAAAUGUUUGUAAAGUCUUUUUGUAAAAAGCGUUCAAACUGUAAUCUAAUGUCAUGCCUCUCCUUCUAAAAAAUAAAUUACUAACUGUCCCAACACCCAGUGAAUAGUGAGAAGAAGGCCUUCGCUUAUGGGUGGAGAAAUUCAUUUUGCACUUCAUGAUUUAAGCUUUUCAUUUAAAUGCAUUUUAAGCAUUGUGGUUUUAAAACUAAUACAUUCAUUUAACUGUUCAGGGACAUUAAGCAGUGGGGUAUGAUUCCUUUUGGCAAAUGCACGCAUUAAGAUGGUUUCUUAUAAAUGCAGAAUGCAUUUGAUCAUAUGCACCUGACUAAACUAAGAGUUAUUUUUUGUUUUUAAAUAUUUGUAUACACAUAGUUAUGUGUCAUAAUGCCUGUCUCAUUGUCAACACAGUCAUGUGUGUCUUAAAUGAGCGUUAAUAGUUGAAGCAUGUUCUCUAGUUGUCUAUUAUGAGAUCCUGGCAUUAUAUGAUGAGAUUUUAAAGGGGUAUAGUUCAUUCAAAAACUUAAAUACUGUCAUCAUUUACUCAGUUUCAAGUUGUUCUGAAUCUCUAGGAAUAUCUUUGUUCUCUUCAACAUAAAAAAAAUAUAUUUUUAAGAAUAUUAUAUCCACCAGAAAAUGUAUGGUCC